GAGAGUGAGGUAGGAGAUGUAGAUUUAACACGUCUUCCAGAAGGACCUGUUGAUUCUGAAGAUGAAGAAGAGGAAGAUGAAGAGAUUGAUCGAACAGAUCCAUUGCAGGGGCGAGAUCUUGUUCGAGAAUGUCUUGAAAAAGAACCUGCAGACAAAACUGAUGAUGAUAUUGAGCAAUUACUGGAGUUUAUGCAUCAACUCCCUGCUUUUGCAAACAUGACCAUGUCUGUAAGGAGAGAACUCUGCUCAGUGAUGAUUUUUGAAGUGGUAGAGCAGGCUGGAGCUAUUAUUCUUGAAGAUGGGCAAGAGCUUGAUUCAUGGUAUGUUAUUUUAAAUGGCACUGUAGAAAUCAGUCAUCCUGAUGGAAAAGUCGAAAAUCUCUUUAUGGGAAAUAGUUUUGGAAUUACUCCCACUCUGGAUAAGCAGCACAUGCAUGGAGUUGUCAGGACUAAAGUAGAUGAUUGUCAGUUUGUCUGCAUAGCCCAGCAGGAUUAUUGGAGAAUUUUAAAUCAUGUGGAAAAAAAUACCCAUAAAGUUGAGGAAGAGGGAGAAAUUGUUAUGGUGCAUGAGCACCGUGAACUAGACCGGAGCGGAACCAGGAAAGGACACAUUGUAAUCAAGGCAACACCUGAGCGUCUCAUCAUGCACUUAAUAGAAGAACAUUCCAUUGUAGACCCAACUUAUAUAGAAGAUUUCCUGUUAACUUAUAGGACAUUUCUUGGAAGUCCUUUGGAUGUUGGAAUCAAACUGUUGGAAUGGUUUAAGAUUGACAGCUUAAGGGAUAAGGUUAGUUUUAUAAACAAAAAGGGCAUGAAAGUGAUUUUAACCUUUAAAUUUAAAAUGAAUGGUCAUCUCCGGUUACUGAAUAUUGCUUGUGCUGCAAAGGCCAAGUGGCGACAGGUUGUGCUGCAAAAGGCUUCCCGUGAGUCCCCUCUGCAUUUCAGCCUUAAUGGAGGAAGUGAGAAGGGAUUUGGUAUUUUUGUUGAAGGAGUAGAACCUGGUAGCAAAGCUGCUGAUGCAGGAUUGAAACGUGGUGAUCAGAUAAUGGAAGUAAAUGGACAAAACUUUGAGAAUAUUACAUUCGUGAAGGCCCUUGAAAUUUUGAGGAAUAAUACUCAUCUUGCACUUACUGUAAAGACCAACAUUUUUGUGUUUAAAGAGUUACUUACUAGGACUGAACAAGAGAAAUAUGGUAUUCCUCAUAUUCCCAAAAUUGCUGAAAAAAAAAGUAAUCGCCAUUCAAUCCAGGAUGUACCAGGAGAUACUGAACAGACAUCACAAGAGAAAGGAAAUAAGAAAGUUAAAGCAAAUACUGUUUCCGGUGGAAGAAACAAAAUCAGGAAAAUUUUGGAUAAAACACGAUUUAGUAUCUUGCCUCCAAAACUAUUUAGUGAUGGAGGCCUGAGCCAAUCACAAGACGACAGCAUUUUGGGAACAAGGCACUGUAGACAUAGUCUGGCUAUAUUGCCUAUUCCUGGAACACUCUCAUCCAGCAGUCCCGAUCUCCUGCAGCCUACCACCAGCAUGUUGGAUUUUUCCAAUCCAUCAGCUGUUGCUUUUUACUAUAUUCCUGAUCAAGUUAUAAGAGUUUUCAAAGCGGAUCAACAAAGUUGCUAUAUUAUCAUCAGUAAAGACACUACAGCUAAAGAAGUAGUUUGUCAUGCUGUUCAUGAAUUUGGUUUGACUGGCGCAUCUGACACACAUUCUCUCUGUGAAGUUUCUGUUACUCCUGAGGGUGUCAUAAAACAAAGAAGACUUCCAGACCAAUUCUCCAAAUUAGCUGAUAGAAUUCAACUCAAUGGAAGGUAUUAUUUAAAAAAUAACAUGGAGACAGAAACCUUAUGUUCAGAUGAAGAUGCUCAAGAACUAAUUAAGGAAAGCCAACUGUCAUUGCUGCAGCUCAGUACCAUUGAGGUGGCCACUCAGCUGUCAAUGAGGGACUUUGAUUUGUUUCGAAAUAUUGAGCCUACUGAAUAUAUUGAUGACCUUUUUAAGUUAGAUUCCAAAAUAGGAAAUAUUCACUUGAAAGAGUUCGAGGAUAUUGUAAACCAAGAGACAUUCUGGGUUGCCUCAGAGAUUUUAACUGAAUCAAAUCAGCUCAAACGAAUGAAGAUUAUUAAGCAUUUUAUUAAAAUUGCACUUCAUUGUCGAGAAUGUAAGAACUUUAAUUCCAUGUUUGCAAUAAUAAGGUGAGUCUGUACAAAGAGGUACAAAUAUCUGUAUGUGGUUUUGUCAUAACAUUAGACAUGAAGCUAGUUUUCUGUUUAGGUAUUAAAUGUCUAGGAAAAAUGUACAGUUAAUAUGCCUUUAUU